ACAUGAAUGCCACGAGAUCGAAAAUUGACUUUCUACGGCAAGUGGUUGAGUUCAAAACAACCGUUUCAAGUAAUAUUUUUAAUGUUCUGUUAUAUCAGUGGGAUAUUCCUUGUCUAUUAUGAAACAGAACAUUACUUCUGAAGAACCCCUCCACUAAGGAUCAUAUUUCAGCCUCUGUUGGAGAGUUUCGUCAAGGUUUGCGUAACCAACUACCGACAACAAACUAUCGCCUUCGUCGCGGUGCAUUCUGGGAGAUACAGUUUGUGCCACAUAUCCGUUUCCAGAAGGCAACUUUGUACAGUCAGAGUGAGCCGCGAGCCAAGUCCAGCGGCAAGGACUGCACUCUCCACUUCCAGGAUGUCUUCCCGGGACUCUUAUUCAACAUACUGGAUAUCAAUUGACGGAGUUUAACCGCAGACGCUGGAAAUAUUUAAUUUGGGAAACUUUGGCGGCUCCGUAGGUAAUGAGGAACAGCUAGUUAAGCGAACCGUGGCGAAGAUUAGCUCACUAAGCUAACAGGCAUAUUCAAUGAGGGGAGGAGGGUGCCCUGCUCUGCAGGUUCAUUUGAAGCAGGAGGUUACCUUGGAUUUUUGACAAUGGUUUAAGUCCCUUUUACCAACUUUUGUAACAUGAUACGUAUGGCUCGUAAAAGCUGCAGUGGGGACCUGCAUCAUGGAUAAAAACAAACAUAGUUUGGAUUGGGGGUUGAGAUCUGUGCAAAUAUCUGCUGUGGUAGAUUGCUUUUAUUAAUUUAGCCGUGCCCUGAACGAAUACAUACUAUGAGGUAGCCAGGUGAUUUCUCAGAGGAGGUGUGUAAAGCUGUGAUCAUCAUCUGCAAAGAAUGUCUGACUUGGAAAGUUCAUAUUUCGGUGUGGAGGAUCCGCAGUGGCUGUGCAUGGUCACGCUUUUCAUUGCAUCCCUCGUCACUUUAGUGCUGUACUUCGUGCAGUAUUUCCAGCAAAGUGGGGUCGGAAAUAAGCAGAGAGCGGCAGAGGACAAUGCGGCGCAGGAGGAAGCCGCCUCUCUGCUGGGAUGGGCGCUGUCACUGAAAAGCUGGAAGAGUGAGUGGAGAGGAGCCUGGUGCAGGGCUCUGAAUGACGAGUCGAGGAAACGUGGGGGUCCCGUUGUGUUGACGUUUAAAGAAGAUGAUGUGGAAGCUUCAGAGCUCGUCGUCAGCAAAGUGUCCAGCUUUCAGAAGUCUGCCAGGAACAAGGCCGCUUCCUGCAGUGCUGUCGGGGAGCAGCUGCAGUUCUCUGUCAGCACAGUACCGACGUCCUCGCCUCUGUCAGAUCCUCAUAAAUACACAGUGUGUAUAUCUCCACUGGAGCUGCAGCUUGAUCUGCAGAUGCAAGAAGCUGAAGAUGAGGUUAAGGUGAGCUGGGGCGUCGCUCACUUGGAGACUGGAGAGCUGCAAGUUACGCCUAACUUCACCCAGGACAAUGCAGACACUCUGAGUGUAGCAGCGAUAAAGGAGCAGUUGAAGCAGCUGUUGUGUGCGUCGCGUCCUUCUGUGCUGCUGAGCUGCAGGACUGCUCAGACCUCAGAGGUCCAGGCGCUGCGCAACAAUGUGGUUUCACCUCCCAAACCUCCCCGAGCCCACGACUGGAAGCUGCUGGUGAAGAACAUCCGAGUGACACUGAAUCAGGAGGACGAUGCUGCAGGCAGCGUAAAUCCUCUGUGUGUGCUGAAGUUGGAUGAUCCUCCACAGAAGUUUAACACCUCAGUUUUAAAGAACACAACCAAUCCUGCCUGGGACCAGCCCUUUAUUUUUGAACUAAAUGGACUUUCGAAAGAGCUCAACAUUCAGCUGCUGAAUGACGGGCAACCUCAAGAGAAUUCCUUACUUGGUCAGGUGUCAGUGCCUUUUGAUCUCGUAAAGAAGCAGCCCAAAGGACAGCAAACAUUUGCACUUAUGACCAAAGACACAGUGACUGGAUCACUUACUACUGACUUUACCUACCUGGAGCCCAGUGAGGUGAGGUCCUGGCACCCUCCCACCCCAGUCUCCAAUAAGAGGGUGGAGAUGGACCGUACAGUCAUGCCCUGUGGCACAGUGGUCACCACCAUCACUGCUGUAAAGAGCAAGCCGGGUCGACCGCUCCCUCCUGGACUCAACAUAGAUCCUGCCAUUAAAGCGGUAACCAUCAAGCCGAAGUUGUCUGGCCGUCGUGUUUCAGAGCAGCCGUCUGUGCUGGGGCCCACGGUCAGUAAAGCUCUCUCCUCCUCUGACACUGAGCUGCUGAUGCUUAACGGCACCGACCCUGUAGCCGAGGCUGCUAUCAGACAACUACACCAAUCUGCCAAACUGAAGCUCAAGUCCCCGGUGAAGAAGAGCACCAUCAUCAUCUCUGGCAUCGCAAAAACGCCGUUGUCUCAGGACGAUGAGCUGGCUCUGAUGGCGGGUUACGCUGCAGCGAUGGACGCCUCGAUGUCAGAGGGCAGCUCCACUCAGGACGUGACCACAGCGAUUGCAACGGGGACCAGCAGCCCUCCUGACGAGUCUGAGCCUCAGGAGGGUCCAAGUGGAAUCGGCCGGCCUCCAGACGACUGGGAGAGUCAAACAGGAGAGGAGCUGGACCACACCUCAUUGUCCAUGUGCAUGUCUGAGGCCAGCUGCAAGAAGAGGAGAGGCAGCUUCCUGCAGAAGAGUGCCAAGCUCUUCUUCCGGCGGCGUCACCAGCGCAAGGAGCCGGGGAUGAGCCAAUCACACAACGACCUGGUCUACCUGGAGUCUCCGGCUGCAGUGGAGCGAGCCAGCCGAACAGCCACGAUCAGCCGCAUGCUCAGCCGCAAGAGCAAGAAUAAGAGCAAAGCUAACGGCUCUACCUCCACAGGGGAGCCACACGCGUGAAACCCCCCCUCCUACAGCAGCUACCAUUACCACCUCCACCUCAUACAUGCACUGGCAAAACCCCCAGCUAACCUACUCCCCCUACUGCCUGGCCUGCACACUGCAGCUCCUGCAUUGUGAAUGGGAAAGCUGUGCAGAUGGAAAAUGAUCCUCCUUUACUGCCGUUUCCUUCCACCUGAAGGAAGUGUGUGCAUGUGUGGAGGGAGAUCUCCUGCCAUGGAAUCGAAGGCAUUUCAGAGGAUAUUAUAUAGCAUGUUUUCUUUUAUUUGAUUUUAUGCAACAUUUUGAACUUGAAUUGCUUUUGUGGCCUUGUUACCAACAGAAGAGACUGUUGGAGUGGGCUUUAAACUCUUCACCUCACUCACUCUGAGCGUGAAGAGUAAACUCUCCCUGCUGUAAACCGUACGUUUGCUUACGGUGGACCAACGGGACCAAAGAUGAAGAUAGAGUGGUGUUUGUAUGAUUUGCACAAUUGUAGUACCUUUAAUUUAAAGUGCAAUGACAGGAGCUACUCUUGUGAUAGAGAUUAAAACAAUGUUCACAAAGGGAGAUGAUCUUCUCACUGCAAGUGGGAGAUAGUAAUAAGACUACUUUUUUGACACUAAUACUAUGAAGUAUAGUAUUUAUAUCAAUUCAUUUGAAAUGCUUCUAAUUUUAAUCCUGAUUAAAUGAGAUCAGAGCUACAGCUGUAUGUAAAGUGCAUAAAAAUGCUGUAAUGUCAGCCUUAUGUCUAACAAAGUUAUCAGAACCAGUCAUGCUAGCCCACAUUUAACAGAAGUUAACACCCAUCCAGAAAGAAGACAGAAGUAGUGACACUGUGGCUAAAAGUUCAGCUAUAUGUGAGCGUUUUAUGUUUACGUUUCUCUGCAGUGUUUUCAACAAAUAUGCAACUUUCUUCUUUGUCUUCCUUCCUGUGCUCUACUGUUCUCAGCAGGGUUGUAAGUGUGUCAAAGGGAACUGAAUUAACCUUUUUUAAUCCAGGGACUGUGAUGUUACACUCGGCCAUACUCGUUGCUUUACGCACUGAUGAUAAAUGUUCUGUAUGCCCAUUGUCAACCCUGCAGAUCUCCAGUCUUUUCUUCUAUGUUUUUAUGUUUUUAAAAAGAAAUGUAGCUUUGAACACGUGAACAAGACAAAGUCUGAACACAUUUGGGAGCAAACAGACAGUUCCGGCUGCUUUUUUUUAAUCCAGCUAAUGAUUGUAUUUUGUUAUUUUUUAAGCAGCUCGUCUGUUCAUCAUUUUAACUACUGUUUCUUCAGUGAGAGAGUUGAUGCUUCAUAGUGACAUUCAGAUUGCCUUACAGUCAUUCUGAGGAUGUCAGCAGCGAUUUUGUUCAUUGACUUGACGUGACUUUUGGUUCCUGAGGCUCCUGAAAAGAUGGUCACUGUGUUCCUGCAACAUCCGCAAUGUCUAUAAUCUAGAAGCCUAUGCACAUAACAUAUCUGUUAACAGAGUGUUUACAUUGUGAGACUAUCAGUAAUAAAAACUCUCACUUGCUGUUCAUGGCAACACUCUUCCAACAUCAUUGUUUGUUUUAACAAAACAUUUAAAUAGGAAGAAAAUCCUGUGACAGUUCAGCCAGGAUCACCUUUAAACUUUGAGAAAUGGAGGGGAAAACGGGUUCUUUUAAUCACUCUCAGUGUCAGACUCAUUACUUAUUAUGGCAGCCUGCAGGCAUCAGUUACUGUAUUGCAUUUAGUGAGCAGUAGGGCUGUCUGUGAUUAAUAAACUUCUUCCUGAUGUAUUUUUUUAUUGCCAUCUGCUAUGUGCACAGAAACUGACUGACCAUUUGUUGCAGGAUGGUCGUCAUUUCCCUGCAGGGAUUGUAACUAAUGAACAUAUCGACAUAUUUCAUUUUCAGCAAUAAAGUAUUGAUUGAUUAACUGA